UCUCUGUCCACUUUCCACCACCCUCCAGUUCUAGUCUCCGAACUUUCUGCAAAAAGUAGGAUAAGGCUAUCUUCGUAGUUUUCAGCUAAAAAGAUGGGCAAAAAGGAAAAAUGGAGCUGGACCUCCGCUUUUGUCGGAGCAGCAUCGGCGACGGCGGUGGCUGCUCUCCUCAGCGCGAGACCGAAAGACCCGACUUUCCACCUCGUUUCAAUCAAGCUCACUUCCUUCAAGCUCAAUCUUCCAAACGUGGACGCCGAUUUAAUCCUGACAGUCCACGUCACCAAUCCCAACGUAGCGCCCAUCAGAUACGGUUCGACCACCAUGUCGAUCUUCUACGAAGGGACGUUGCUCGGGGCGGCUCAGGUGAAAGCAGGGUCGCAGCGGCCGCGAUCUUGUCAAGUGCUGAAGCUUCCGACUCGGCUCGACGGCAUGGAGCUGGCUCACCACGCCAAGAAGUUUCUUGACGACGUGGGGAAGCGAGAGAUGGUGCUUGAUGCUAAGGUGGAUAUCGGAGGUAAAGCUAAGGUGUUAUGGUGGGGUCAUAGAUUCAAAGUACACGUGGAUAGUCAUAUUACCGUUGAUCCUAUUUUUCUUGACGUGAUUGAUCAGGAAAAUAAAUCCCAAUUAGAGAUUUUCCUUGUUUGAGUUCAUGAUUUAUCUUUGUUUU